GUAUCACACCAAGACAGGGCACAACUACUGGUGUGUGAUAGAGGAUAGUUUAUUUUACUGUCAUCACGGGUGGAACUAUUUAUCUUCCGACUAGUUCGAGCCGCACAUACAGUUUAGGUAAAAUGUUGACAAGCGCCUUGGCGCGGCUAAUGCUCCUCCUGUCUUGGGGUUACUGCGUGCUGGCAACGCAGGUCGCCUUCUCCAACUUCUCCGUGGACAACGAAGUGCGCUCCAGCUUCAUCCAGCGGCGGCUGCGGAGCCAGGAGCGCAGGGAGAUGCAGCGGGAGAUCCUCUCCAUCCUGGGGCUGCCGCACCGUCCGCGGCCGCACGUCCACACCAAACACAACGCUGCCCCGAUGUUCAUGCUGGACCUGUACAAUACCAUCUCCACAGACCCAGCGCCGCCCGGAUACUCCUACUACAAGCCCGUUUUACCGACCCAGGUGUCCCCCAUGGUGACCCCGCAGGACAGCCGCUUCUUGGAUGACGCAGACAUGGUGAUGAGCUUUGUUAAUCUCGUUGAUCAGGAUCAGGAUCUUCUAUAUAAGCAGCACAGAAGAGAAUUUCGCUUCGACCUUUCCCGUAUCCCAGAGGGAGAGGCCGUCACAGCAGCAGAGUUUAGGAUUUAUAAAGAUUUCAUCCAGGAACGCUACGAGAACGAAACAUUCAGAGUCAGUGUCUACCAGGUCCUGCAGGAGCCUCCAAACAGUGAAGUGGAGCUCUUGCUACUGGACCAGCGAGAAGUGUGGGCUGCAGAGGAGGGCUGGCUGGCCUUUGACCUGACUGCUACCAGUAACCUCUGGCUGGUCAACCCGGAGCAGAACCUCGGCCUACACCUGGUCCUGGAGGACAGCCAUGGCCAGAGGAGGAACCCCCGACUGGCGGGGCUGGUGACAGGCAGUGGACCUCAAGACAAGCAGCCCUUCAUGGUUGCCUUCUUCAGAGCCAAUGAGGUGCGUUUCCGCAGCGUCCGUUCUGCUCACGGCCACAAGGGGCGCCAGUCCAACCGCUCCAAACCCCAGAGGACUGUCCAAGAUGCACUAAAGGCAGUGGAGGCUGCAACAGAUAACCUUGGCAUCUCUAAGGAGGGAUGUAAAAAGCAUGAACUGUAUGUCAGUUUCAGAGAUUUAGGAUGGCAGGACUGGAUCAUAGCACCAGAGGGCUACGCCGCGUACUACUGCGAGGGAGAAUGCGCCUUCCCUCUCAACUCCUACAUGAAUGCCACCAAUCACGCUAUUGUGCAAACUCUGGUGCAUUUUAUCAACCCAGAAACGGUGCCCAAACCCUGCUGUGCCCCCACCCAGCUACAUGGCAUCUCGGUGCUCUACUUUGACGACAGCUCCAACGUCAUCCUCAAGAAGUACCGCAACAUGGUGGUCAGAGCCUGUGGCUGCCACUGACCGCUCGUACCCCCUUCUGUGAGCUGUGCAAAUCCGAAGGGACGUUUAACAAAGGCGGAGGCAAAGGAACCAGAGGCAAGAUGAUUGACUGGCUGGUCACCAGGGAGCUCUUGCCGCAGAAUGGACUUUAAUCUGGUGUACUGUUGUUAUGACCAGCAGCUGAGCCUCCCAUGCAGCAUUUACUACGACCACAAACCAGUUAGAACUAUUAGUCACAGAGAAAGGUUUCUUUAAAAGUGCUCUGAAAGGACCAAAUAUUGAGUGCUAGAAACAGAAAGUCAAAACUAUUUCCCCUAAUGUUUAACACAUAUCUAUCUGCAUUCUCUUGUGACCAAGAGGCAUCAAAAUAUAAAAUAUGGCUUGGGUGGAAAUGUGCAUUUGAUAACUGAUUUCACAGCUUGUAAAACUUUAAAUCUCCAUCUUCCUGUCGAACCACUGCACCUUGUCUUUUGGAACAGCUGGAUGAACUUAUGUCCCGAUGAGAAGAAACCAACUUCACUGGUGUUGAACUAGUUGUUCAGGAAGUCAUUUGGACCAAGUCAGGUGUAAGACAUCUGGCAGCUCCUGAAUGUGCUUCUGAUGUAGAGGAGCUCAGUGAAGAAUGACAGCCGAGACUGUUAAUAACAGUGUGCGGGACUGAAAGUCCUGCCUGUUGGGCCCAGUUUCCUGGUGCAGACAUAUAUCACCAGCCCUGUGACAGGCAUACAGUCUGCAAGAUGUCAGUGAUUCAUGAGGCGGACAUCGGGGUGUGCACCAUCACCCCGACUGCAGCUGCCUUCUGGUGUCAGACCAGAGCUGCAGGUGGGCAAAGGGAAGCUGUAAUUUUAUUUUGUCAAGUAGUCAAAUAAAU